AUUGCUUUAUAAUCUUGUUGGUGUAUUUGCAUUUCUCAGGGCCUUCACAGAACAUGCGCAUGUUCAUGUCAAGUGUAGUGCAAAGGAAAUAAUAUUUUGGCUUUCGGGGGCCUAAAAUUAACUAAAAUGCAUAAGUUAAAGUUCUCACAAAGAGACAAAGUGAAGAAAUUCAUAACUUUUACACACACUGGAGAACAAACUGCAAUAUAUUGUUUAGCACAAAAUGAUUGGAAGCUAGACUUGGCAAGUGAUAAUUAUUUCCAAAAUCCUGAGGCAUAUUGUAAAGAACCAAAAAAUACAGUAGAUAAAAAGAAAUUAGAAAUAUUAUUUAGUCGAUAUCAAGAUCCAAAUGAACCUGACAAGAUUACAGCAGAUGGAAUAAUGAAAUUUUUGGAUGAUUUGGAUUUAAGCCCUGAAAGCAAAUUAGUAUUAAUUAUUGCAUGGAAAUUCAGAGCAGAAACACAAUGUGAAUUUACUAAAGAUGAAUUUAUGAAUGGAAUGACAGACUUAGGAGUGGACAGUAUAGAUAAAUUAAAAGCCUGCUUAAGUAAUUUAGAAAAUGAAUUAAGGGAUUCUCAAAAAUUUAAAGACUUUUAUCAGUUUACGUUUAAUUAUGCAAAAAACCCAGGACAGAAGGGUUUAGAUCUUGAUAUGGCAAUUGCUUAUUGGAACAUUGUAUUAGAUGAUAAAUUUAAGUUCCUCCCUUUAUGGUGUCAAUUUUUACAGGAACACCAUAAGAGGUCAAUUCCAAAAGAUACAUGGAAUUUAUUAUUAGACUUUGCACUCAUGAUCAACCCAGAUAUGAGUAAUUAUGAUGAAGAGGGAGCCUGGCCUGUACUGAUAGAUGAUUUUGUAGAAUGGGCACAACCCCGUAUUCGUCAGUCCCUCUAACAUCUUUUUGUUACAUUUUUAACUUCAUAUAAAAAAAAGCUUUAUUUAUUCAAUUAUAAAAUCUUAUAUUCUUCAAGUGAUACUUGAUCAUAUUUUUCUGAUAGAGCAUCAUUUUACUUUGUGUACAGAAUAUAUAGCAAAGGAGUAUUACAAUUGCUAGGAUCAAUUUAGUGUAUAAUAACUCUGUAAUAUGUAAACAAAAUUAUAUAAGAGAAAAGACUAUUGCUUAUAGGCAAUAAGUUAAUUUCAUAUAAAAUUACAGGUUUUAUAUCGUUUAAUCUCAAAUUAUGUAACUAUUAAAGUUUCACAUAAGAGUUGCAUUAUUAUAUAUCUAUCUGUACAAAGUAAUAUGAUGUGAUCAGUUUGUUCGAAAAAACAAUAACAGUAAAAAAAUGUUGCUCAAUUAUCGAAGGUAUUUGCAAACAUCGGAAGAAAUCGCUGACUGUGUUCCUUUGCACGAAUUUGGCUUCGAAAAGGAAAAAUCAUAAAAUAAUUCGUUUAUACCUUUUUGUAGAUAGUAAUUUCUAGAAAUUACGUUGUUAAAAAUUGUUAUUAAAUAAAUUUUACGACACUCUACAGAACACUUGUAAUAUACAUACAAACAAAAGAAGACAGAGAGAAAUCUGUAUUUUAAACAUAUUGCUAUUUCGGCACUGGUAUACUUAUCUUUUUUACAAUCACCGACUUAAAUGGUGACAGAAAAAGAUUUGUUUUUGUUUUAUUAGUGAAGAGUAAUAUUUAUAUUGUAAUUCUGAAGUAUAAUAGAUGUUAGGGAAAAUAAAUUAAGAAUUUUUUACAAGUUUAAAUUAUGGGUUUCAUUUAUAAUUAGUGCAGAUAAAAUAUAUUUUUUUAUGAUGUCAUAAAAAUCGUGAUUAUAAAUAUUUAUUGAUUCCAAGGCAUGUUUGAAUUCGUCAAGUGAUCAAGUGAAGACAUCAAGUGAUUAAAAAAAAUGAACAACUGAUAAAAGCAGAUUUAAUCUCCAUAACAAACUUUUUACUUGUACUACAAAGUGUUGAAGUUAUAAAUAACAUUUUCAGUUUUGUAUUUUCUCCCUACUUCACAAUGCAAUAUGUGAUUAAUGCUUUUGUAGUUUAGUAAAGUACAUCAAUUUACUACUAAUCAUUUUAAUUUAUAUAUAAUACAAAGAGAUUAAAGAAAUAUAAUGUAAAAAAAUAUAUAUCUCUGCAACUUUAUGGUUAACAGUUAAGGAACCAGAACAUUAUAUCAGUUUAGAUAUAUGGACAUUGAAAGGUGCAAAGUAGAGAAUUAGCAAUAUAAAAAACACGUCGUCCAGAAAUUUUGGAUUAUAUUUUAUAAAAAUGUUAAAAUAGGUAAAAUGAAAACAGUUCGUGACGUAUGCAUUCAAUAUAAAAAGAAGAGUCCAGUAAAAUAUUGUCAGAAAUAUGUUUGCGCAAUGCAGAAAAAAUUCAUGAAAAAUGUAUAUUACAUUUUAUUUAAGUAAUACUAAAGAAAAAUACGAUUUUCAAACUUAAGCUACUUUAUUUUUUUAAUAGUUUAUGCAUUGCGUGAACACUAAAAAAUUGUAAUAGUUUUAGGAAGAAAUUGUACAUAAUGUAAAUAAAUUCGUCAGUCUUAAUCUAAAUAA